AUGGCCGCCGAUACACUGCCCCUAGAAUGUAUACCUCUAGGAGUACAGAUGUUAGUGAGGUUCACGGGAUUUCGGGACCGUCCAACGGAGGAGAGACAAAUCAGGUUCCAGAACGGCUGCCGGGAGGGACACACCGAAGUGGCGUUCGUCGCCACAGGGACUAACAUGCAACUAGUCUUCAGCCCGAGCACCAAUGGAUACCUCCAGGGCAACAGAGACUGUGAUUUCGAGAAGGAACAUGGCAAGCUGUCGUCAAAACAUCUUAGGCACUUCCUCGACCUCUUCACUCCUCCAAAGAGCUACCUACCUACCUCUUUGGAUUUAAAGAGGCAAGCUACUCUAGCAGCCUGGGAGGCCGGUAGGAGCCCUGUAAUCGCAGGUAGAGAUCUGGACAAUGGCCAGCGUCAUGGAUAUCCCUACACCUGGAGUCUCAUAGCUUCAGCAUACUUGACUUGCUCUGAAACACUCGAGCCAUUGCCUUUUACGUGGCUCGACCUAUUUUCUACAAAAGAACAAUCAAUACGUGGUUUCCACCAUGCAGGGCUGACCACAGAUUGCCUCCUUGCGGUCGACGUAUUCCUUUCUCGAUUGUUCUUAGCUGGUCCCUUUCACUUCGCAUUCCGUUGUCUCCUUUCUCACCUCGAUAAAACCCUUGCGAUCAAUUCGGCAGCGGGAGGCCACUGCCUUUAUGAUUUGUCCUUUUGUACGUCACUGGCUGUCAAUCAAGAGCAUUUAGCAGAGGUGCCCCCCGCCGCUAGGCCUCCCGCCCCGCCCCCUCCCGCGAGGUCUUCUGGCCAGUUAGUGUCCGUCCGGUGGGCGUUCGUGAUUGGCGUAGUGUCACCUAGGCUUGACCCUUCUGCCUAA